AUGGCAUCUCUGUCGCCAGAAGAGAUCCAGGCACUCCUAGAAGGCCCAGCUGCCACUCCGCCUCCAGGUGUCUCGGUCAACCUCGACGACCCUCCAAACCACAGAACGGCGGCACGGACUGCCUUGAUGAUCUGCUUUGUCAUUGCCACGUUGGCGGUUAUCUUGCUCGUAUACACGAAGGCAGUGAUGGUUCGCAGUUUUCGGCUUUCUGACUGGAGUUUUCGCUGGUUACUUUGUGCCGUGUUGGCUGACCACCAUUAUUGCUCCAGGCGUGGAUCAGUGGAAUCUACGCCUGAAAGACUUCGGGACCCUGCUCCUGUUUCUCGAGUUAUUUGCGCCGGCGGGGUUGACAAACACAAUGUACUGGGCCUGCCACUCGCUCAUCUGGAUCAACUUGCUCUUCUACCUCAUCAGUACGUUUCUGGAGAUCUUUUCGUGCAAGCCCCGCCAAAAAGCGUGGAACCCCCUGAUCACAUCGGGGUCCUGCAUCGACACGCUCGUCCUCAAUGUCGCCGCGAGCGCCAUCAACGCCGUCUCAGAUCUGAUUCUACUCAUCCUGCCGCAGCUGAUGAUCUGGCGGCUGCGCAUGGCUGUGCAGCGUCGGAUCGCCGUCUCAGCCGUCUUCCUGAUCGCGAUUUUCGCCUGCGUCUCAUCCAUCACCCGGCUCGCCUACGCGAUCCUUCUGUUUCAACACCCCAACAACAUUUCCCACUAUCUCUUCCUGAUGGGCCUAUGGACGAUCCCCGAGCUGGCGUCAGGCAUCGUCGUUGCAUGCAUGCCCGUGAUGCCGCGGUUCUUCCGGAGCCUCAAGGCCAGUGUGCUGUCCUCGCGUCUGGGCGCCUCGCUGCAGGGUCUGCUGGGUCGCUUGUCGCUGCGCAGCUGGAAGACGUCCUCGCACUCCUCACAGGGCAGCCACAGUCAACCGCGACCAUGUACCGUAGUACAUCUACCGAAAUUGCAAGAGAGUUCCAUGAUGGAAAUUUCGCCCGCCUCACCAGGGAUACUAUGAGCUCGAGGCCAGGUCGAUGGCAAGGGUGUCAGCGCUGUCCCGCGGUGAGGGGCAAUCAGCUGUGUAACCAUUUUUUGACUGAGGACCCCUGUCCAGAUAGAAAUGAAGCUAAUGCAUGCCGUUGCAACCACGGACUCUUGCCUUGUCUCUGUCCAGCCAGGCGAGGGGCCGAAACGCCCGCAGGGUGGGGGAAUCAUGCGGUUCGUUGUUUCCCAAUUUGCAGAGAGUCGCAUCGGCCUCUCGACGGAAGGAGCGACUGUCGAGAGACGCCGACAGCUUCUCCCUCUUUCCUUUUCGAGACCACAGCGCGACUUCAAGCAAUUUCUCUGUCGCUGAUCACUCGCCUAUCUAUCACAAUGGCCUCGACACUCACGCUUGGUGGUGGUUUUGCCCUUGUCACAGGCGCUGCUGCGGGAAUUGGCAAAGAGACGGCCUUCGCCUUCGCUGAAGCGGGCGUCGAGGGUGUCAUCUUUGCCGACCUGAACAAAGCGCAGGCCGAGUCGGCGGCCGAGGAGAGCAAGACGUACGCCCAAAAUCCCAAUUUUCGUGCCGUCGUGGUCGAGGUCGACAUUGUGGACGAGGCGGCGGUGCAGAACAUGGUCGAGGUCGCCGUCAAGGAGUUUGGGCGCAUCGAUUACUGUGUGCAUUGCGCUGGAGUAGGCAACCUCUCCGGCGCCACCGUGGACAACAUCAAGACCGACGUCUUCGACCAGGCAGUCGCGGUCAACAUCCGUGGCACCAUGCUGGUCCUGAGGGCUGUCUCCAAGGCGAUGGCCGCCCAGGAACCGCGCACGCAUGUUAGCAGGCGUGCGCGUCAUUCCUCGACACCGCGCAGCCUCGGCCGCGGUGCUAUUGUCACCCUCGCCUCGGUCAAUGGCCACGUUCCUGCGCCCGGGAUGACGCCGUACACCAGUUCCAAGCACGCCGUAAUUGGGAUCACGAAGACGGCCGCACUCGAUAACAUCAAGCACCAGAUUCGCGUCAACGCUGUCUGCCCGUCCUGGACGGACACCCCAAUGCUGCAGGCCAGCCUGCAGCGCGUGCCCCAGCUAGGUCCGAUCAUCCAGCGCUUCUCGCCCGCGGGAAGACCCGCGACCACGGAGGAGGUGGUCGACUACAUUCUGUUCUUGUGCAGUCCGUCGGCUAGCUAUAUCAACGGGACGAGCUUGCUGAUCGAUGCGGGAUUGACGUUGACUGCGCAUGGUGCUGGCAAUCUAUGUACUCGACUUGAUAUUAAUUUGCCCUGCACUUGCUCUUCCCUGAUACCUACUUCAUCUCGAUCAAGUCCGUCUAGUCUAGGGCUGGGCACGAAUAAGGACUUUCUUAUUCGUAUUCGACUUUCUAUUUGCAAUUCAUCUCGCAUUCGAAUUAUUUGCAUACUUCGUAAUAAUUUUGCUAACCCAUCGCGUUGUCGCAUCUUUGUUUACUCUGAGAUGCUGUCAGAUGACAAUACUUCUUUAUUGGGGAUAUACUCCUCAGCUAUGCAGUCUGUUGUCAGCGGGACACAACGCCCUCAUCGAUACUUCAUUCUAGGUUACGUUAACUGCUUUUCCGGGCCUAGUCUAAAUCUCAAUGAAAACAAAGGGGCAUUGCAAGUGGCUAACUGUGCUGAAGAUCGUUGCAACCAUUGUUGGAUCGCAGAUGGCGAUUGCGUGGACCCAAUCAACCGAGCUCAAUCCAUCGGAUCUGAUCAGAUUGAUGCUCAUCGUCCUCAGUGA